AUGAACCGUUACGAUUCUCGUGUGUGUCUCUUGGACGCUGACGUCCUUGAAUUCGAAACAUGUCAGGUCAAUGAAGGCGAAGUUGAUGCUGAGAGCUCUUCAUCUGGGUACGACUCUAGUGACAUGAGCUCGGAUGAAGACGUGAGCCCCACCAACUUACCUGACGUCGUUUCCGGCUUCACUACCCUUCGUCCAGCUUCGAGUCGCCAUAAUACCAACCCCCACAACGACUGUAGGAGUGUAAUGGUGUUCAAGAGUACAGGGGAACUCCAGGACAGCCUUGCCCUCAUCCUGGAAAUGCCUGACAUGUGUGACGUCACUUUUCUUGUGGGCAAAACUAAGGUUCCUGUUUAUGGAGUCAAGGCCAUAUUGGCAACGCGAAGCAGAUAUCUCUACCAGCUAGUGUUAAAGCACCAAAAGCAAUCGAUGCAAGACAUUCCAAAGACGAAAAAAAUUAAGAAAGUCAGGGAAUCCCCCUUGUCACAGAGACUCCUCAUCAACGUCCCAGGCUACCUAGCCGGGGACUUCAAGGCAUUCAUCAAGUUCGUCCACUCGGGGAAGGCUAGAAUUGAUCUUAGCAACGUGAUAGGUGAGUGCCCUGGUGUUCUACUCAUCACUUUAAGCGUAAUAAAAUAA